AUGGCUGGGAACAGCCUGGUGCUGCCCAUCUUGCUGUGGGGCCGGCGCGCCCCCACCCACUGCAUGUCCUCCCUGCUGCUUGUGGAUGGCUCUUUCAUUGUCACCGGCUGCCACAACGGGCAGAUCUGCCUCUGGGACCUCCAAGUGCCUCUCCAGAUCAAUCCCAGACCUCUGCUCUUUGGUCAUACAGCCUCAGUUACUUGUUUAUCCAAGGCCUCAGCUUCCAGUGAAAAACAAUAUAUAGUGAGUGCAUCAGAGAGUGGAUGAAUGUGCCUGUGGGAUGAGAACGAUGGGAGGUGCAUCAAGUUCAGCAAACUGGCCUGUGCACACACGGGCAUCCAGUCCUAUCAGUUCACAGUUGGCACGCAGCAGGAAGGGAGACUCCUAUGCCAUGGACAUUAUCCUGAAAUUCUGAUUGUGGAUGCUAACAGCCUUGAAGUUCUUUAUUCUUUGAUCUCCAAGAUCUCUCCUGACUGGAUCAGCUCCAUGACCAUCAUCUGGUCCAACAGGACACAAGAGGACACUGUCGUGGCUGUGUCCGUGACUGGCAUCCUGAAAGUCUGGAUCAUCUCCUCAGAAGUCAGUCAGAUGCAGGACACCACCCCAGUGUUUGAGGAGGAAUCCAAACCCAUCUACUGCGAAAACUGCCGGAGUGUUUCCUUCUGCGCUUUCACCCAGUGCUCGCUCCUGGUCAUGUGCUCCAAGUACUGGAGGGUUUUUGAUGCUGGAGAUUAUUCCCUCUUAUGUUCAGUGCCCAGUGAAAAUGAGCAGACCUGGACUGGUGGAGACUUUGUGGCAGCUGAUAAAGUGAUUGUAUGGACACAGGAUGGACAAAGUUACAUCUAUAAAUUACCAGCCAGCUGCCUCCCAGCCAGUGAUUCAUUCCGCAGGGAUGUGGGGAAAGCAGUGGAAAAUUUGAUUCCACCUUUAUUGUACAGCAUGUUGGACAGAGCAGAGAAACAGCUCCUGUUAUGUCCUCCAGUGACUCGGUUCUUCUGUGGCCAGAGAGAGCUUUCCUACAGGCUCUUAAUCCAAGGAGACUCCUCAGGGAGACUCUGCCUUUGGAGCAUGCCCAACACCCUGGACCAGCAGGAGGGUACAAAAGGCCUGCAGACAAGCAUGUCCAUCUCGCUGCAGGAGGCCUUUGACCAGCUGAGCCCUCGUCCUGUGGGGAUCAUCGACCAGCUGAGCAUGGUUCCCCAGGGCAGCGAGCCGCUGUGGGUGACGACCAGUGCGUACAUCCGGGCACACGGGCGCCUGGUGUGCGGCUGCGAGGACGGCAGCAUCGUCAUUGUGCCUGCCACGCAGACCGCCAUCGCGCAGCUGCUGAAGGGGGAGCACAUGCUGUGCCGAGGCUGGCCCCCUCACUGGACACUCCAAGGCCACCAGAACAAGGAGUGUUUGCUGUACCCUCACCAGGUCUCCUCCCACUACGACCAGCAGUACCUGAUCUCAGGAGGGAUGGAUUUCUCCGUCAUCAUCUGGGAUAUCUUCUCAGGAGAGAUGAAACAUAUCUUCUGUGUCCACGGGGGAGAAAUCAUCCAGUUGCUCGUUCCACCAGAAAACUGCAGUGCAAGAGUCCAGCACUGUGUCUGCUCUGUUGCCAGUGAUCACUCCUUGGGUCUGCUUCUGAGGGAGAAAAAAUGCAUCAUGCUGGCAUCCUGCCACCUCUUCCCAAUCCAAGUGAUCAAGUGGAGGCCAUCUGAUGACUACCUGGUGGUGGGGUGCUCCGACGGCUCUGUGUACAUCUGGCAGAUGGACACUGGGGCACUGGACAGGUGCAUGAUGGGGAUCAUGGCGGUGGAGAUCCUGAACGCCUGCGACGAGGCCAUGCUGGCUGCUGUGGAUGUGCUCAGUCACCCCGCUGUCAACCUCAAGCAGGCCAUGACCCGCCGCAGCCUGGCUGCCCUCAAGAACAUGGCCCACCAGAAGCUGCAGACCCUGGCCACCAACCUGCUGGCCUCCGAGGCCUCAGAUAAGGGGAAUUUACCAAAAUACUCCCAUAACUCCCUGAUGGUUCAGGCCAUCAAGACCAACUUGACAGACCCAGACAUCCAUGUGCUGUUCUUUGACGUGGAGGCCCUGAUUAUCCAGCUGCUGAUGGAGGACGCCUCCCGGCCCAACACCGCCCUCGUCUCUCCAGAGAAUUUACAGAAAGCCCCUGGUGGCACCGACAAGGGAGGCUCCUUCCUCGCUGGCAAACGGGCAGCCGUGCUCUUCCAGCAGGUCAAGGAAACCAUCAAGGAGAACAUCAAGGAGCACCUCCUCGAUGAUGAGGAUGAGGACGAAGAGGUCAUGAGGCAGAGGAGAGAAGAUGGUGACCCGAAAUAUCGCUCCAGCAAAUCCAAACCACUGACUUUGUUGGAAUAUAAUCUAACCAUGAAUACAGCCAAGCUCUUCAUGUCCUGCCUGCACGCCUGGGGCCUGAACUCCGUGCUGGAUGAGCUGUGCCUGGAUUGCCUCGGGAUGCUGAAGCCUCACUGCUCUGUGUCCUUCGGCCACCUGUCCUGAGGUAGCCACAUGUCUCUGAUGCUGCCUGGCUACAACCAGCCCGUGGGCAAAGUGGCCUUGGAGGAGCUGGGCAGUAAGAUGUCCGUGAUGGAGGGCUUGGGAAAGGGCACAUAUGGAGUGUCGCGGGCCGUCACCAUGCAGCACCUGCUGUCCAUCAUCUCACUGGCCAACACACUGAUGAGCAUGACCAACGCCACCUUCAUUGGGGACCACAUGAAGAAGGGCCCCACCAGGCUGCCCAGACCAGGCAUCCCUGAGAUGGCCAAAAUGAAGCCGCCCCCGCCGAUGUCCAGCCAUGCAGCACAAGGGCAAAUCAAACAAGGCUGGAGCCAGCUGGCUGCCAUGCACUGCAUGAUGCUCCCAGACCUGCUGGGACUGGAGAAACUCCGGCCUCCUCUCCUGGAGAUGCUGGCACGCCAGUGGCAGGAUCGCUGCCUGGAGGUGCGGGAGGCGGCACAGGCACUGCUGCUGGCUGAGCUGUGCAGGAUUGAGCAGGCAGGCUGCAAGGAGACCAUCGACACCUGGGCUCCCUACCUGCCCCAGUACAUGGACAAUGUCAUCUCCCCUGGAGUGACCACAGAAGGCCUUCAAACAGCAACUGCCAGCCCAUAUCCCUCAGGAACAGAAGCCAAAGUGCAGGAGGAGGAGCACGACCUGGUUGUUGAUGACAUUGCAGCAGGCUGCCUAUCUGGCCUCCUGCAGCCCAAGAAGGUGUCCACGUCCUACAAGGAGAGGUGCAAGCAGGCCACGGCCAUUGUGCUGCUGGGUGUCAUUGGCACCGAGUUUGGCACCGAGAUCGAGCUGCCCAAGCUGCUCACCUGGCCCCGCAGCUCCAGUCAGAUUCCCAAGGGGUUUGCCCUCACCAUCACUGGAUCCAACUAUUCCCUGGCCAGAGACACGUGCAAGACACUGACGUUCCUGCUGCUGCAGCCACCCAGUGCCCGGCUGCCAGUUCACAGCGCCAUCCGCAGGACCGCCAUCGACCUCAUCGGCCGCGGCUUCACCAUCUGGGAGCCCUACAUGGAUAUGUCAGCCGUGCUCAUGGGGCUGCUGGAGCUCUGCGCUGACGCUGAGAAGCAGCUGGCCAACAUCACAGUGGGGCUGCCCCUGAGCCCAGUGGCUGACUCAGCACACUCGAUGCGCCACGCGCUGUCCCUCAUCGCCACCGCCCGCCCGCCUGCCUUCAUCACCACCAUCGCCAAGGAGGUGCACAGGCACACAGCGCUGGUGGCCAACGCGCAGUCGCAGCAGAACAUCCACACCACCACGCUGGCCCGCGCCAAGGGUGAGAUCCUCAGGGUCAUUGAGAUCCUCAUCGAGAAGAUGCCAGCCGAUGUCGUGGACCUGCUGGUGGAGGUGAUGGACAUCAUCAUGUACUGCCUGGAAGGAUCAUUAGUUAAGAAAAAGGGUCUUCAGGAAUGUUUUCCAGCCAUCUGCAGGUUCUACAUGGUGAGUUACUACGAGCGCAGCCACCGCAUCGCCGUGGGAGCUCACCAUGGCUCCGUGGCACUCUAUGACAUCUGCACCGGCAAGUGCCAGACUAUCCAUGGCCACAAAGGAGCCAUCACUGCUAUGGCUUUUGCCCCUGACGGCCGGUACCUUGCCAUGUACUCCAACUCUGACAACCACCUCUGCUUCUGGCAGAUGAACACCUCUCUCCUGGGAAGUAUUGGGAUGCUCAACUCAGCGCCCCAGCUGCGCUGUGUCAAGACCUAGCAGGUGCCACCGGUGCAGCCGGCGUCGCCCGGUUCCCACAACGUGCUCCAGCUGGCUCGGCUCAUCUGGACCUCCAACCGCAACGUCAUCCUCAUGGCCCACGACGACAAGGAGCACUGCUUCAUGGUCUAG